AUGAUUAAAACUAGAAUUCUAGUUUUGGUUCUUUUUAUUUUUAUUUUGUCUUUGACAAAUGCAUUAAAUCAUCCUCAACAACAAAGACAUAAUAAUCAACAACAUCAACAUCAUAAUGAUAUUAGAUACUUUAAAUAUUAUCAAAAUCAUAGACUUGGUAGUCCUAUUCAUCAUUUAAAUGUAAAUCUAACAUCAAGAGAUAGAGUUUCAUCAUUGUAUGCACUCGAUCCACCACCUCCUCUACAAGAAAAGAAUAAAUCAAAUAAUAAGAUCAUUUUAAUUAUGGCAUACAAGAGGAUAGAUGAAUUUAGACAAUGUUUACAUAGUUUAAUGGCUGCUAAUCAUUCUCAUGGAUAUCAUCUGGUUGUUACUCAAUCUGUCAACAAUGCUGAUGGCAACGUCAAUGUGAGCUAUUAUGAAAGAAUGGUUCAACUUCUUCAUCAACGUGACAUUACAUCACAUUUUAAAUCAAUCACUCAUAUUACAACUCCUUCUACUUGUUCGGCACCUUAUGGUAAUGCUUAUCAUGCUUUUAGAAAUUUGGUUCAUGGAUUUGUUUAUACUAUUAAAUCAUUUCCUUAUUUGGAUUCUUUAAUUGUUUUUGAAGAAGAUACAUUAGUUUCAAAAGAUAUAUUCGAAUUCUUUAAAAUUUGUAGAAAAAAGAUAAAUAAUGAUAAAGGAGAGACUAUCAAAUUUGCAACAAGUGCUUAUUUUCUUCAUACUACUCAUCCACAAUAUGAUUGGAGAUUAGAUAAACCAAUCAAGAGAAAGAGUAUAAAGAAUGAAAUGUCUCUAUCUCUAUUGAAACCAAAAGAGAUUGUAAAGGUUAAAUUACAAGGGCAAAUAGAAUUUAAAGUAUUGGCAUGGAUGAUUCAUAAAUCUGCAAUUAAAACAAUCAUUCAUGAUUUUAAAUCAAUUGAAGAUUGGGUAUUUAAUAAUGGAGAAGAAUCAAUUAUUAAUAAUCAAGAUUCUAUAAAACCAGAUAUAUUGAUAGAUAAUUGUAAUUGUUGGAAUCAUGAUAGAUAUUUAGAGUAUAGAUUUAGAUCAAGUUACUUUUUGGGAUCACAAUCACCAAGAUGUACUCAUACAACUGGUAAUGGAUUGAGUAAUCCAGGUGAUGAUUAUGGAUUCCCAGUCAACCAAAUCUAUACAAACAACACUGAAUUUUAUCAAUCAUCAAAUAGUGUCGAUGGUGAAAAGGGUUGGUGGACAAGAGCAAAGGAGUAUCUACCUCAAUUAGAGUGUCCCAAUCGACUAGAUUGUUAUCUAUCUAAAAAAGGUGAUCCAUCUGAUGGAAUGAAAUGUGGAUCAGUAACAAUGUCAACAUGUUUAAAUAUUUGGCGUCUCCAAUGUAAUCCUUGUAGUGGAAGAGAUCCAUCUUUUUAUUCGUCACAAUGUAAUGAAAAAUAUCAACAAUGUUGUUUAAAUGGUACUAGUUGUACAGUUUCUUCACCAUUUAUGAUUGAUAUUUAA